AAAUUAAUUACUCACUCUCUGUACUUUCUGGCUUCACGCAUUACACAGUCAACACUUCAGAGAGUGGCGAGAUGCUGCACAAUUAACCUUUAAUCCAUUGAAAUCUUUCCCAUACCUUUGUACCUCGCUAAGAAACUGCUAUCAACAGUCGUUAUUGCUUUGAUCGAUAUUAAAAGUGCAUCAUGAUGUUCCGAAAGACCAGCAUCUUGGGAGCUACAGUUGUUAUACUGAGCUUGAUUAUUGCUACAAAUUGUUCCACAUCACCAUCAGCUCUCGAUAUAAUCCUUCAGAAGCUUUGCGUUUGCCCAUGCGGAAAUCCCCGUGGCGGAAAACUUUACACCGUGUCAAGUGAAAGGCUCAAUUGGUUUGAUGCGGUGGCGUACUGUAAUUCGAUCGGUAUGUCUAUUGUGACGAUAAAGGAUGCAAACGAUCGACGACUGCUGCAGCUGCAUUUGGAGCAAACGCGACGCAACCUACGGUCACAGUCCCGCAGUCAGAUACCGUACUGGAUUGGAGCGAACACUCUUGCAGGAAGUGGUAUUCGGUGGGGUUUAACUGACCAAGAGGUGAAUCAACCGGAGUGGAACCCAGCAUCAGCACCGACCGGUAAUCAGCUUUCGGAACCGUUUUGCGUUUACAUACAGGGUGAUACUAUGCGAUGGAUUCGGGCUCCUUGUGAUAAUGAAUCGAGACAAUUUAUUUGUGAAUAUUAGUGAGCUUAAGAGCAUAACGCAGCAAUACACUAUAAUUUCCGAUUUCGAAUUAA